AUGGGCUGUGAAGACACCGUCACCGUGGAGGUGUGCGACGAGGACGACUUCAGGGACGGCGAGCUGCGGGAGGUCGUGGUGGCCGGUUACCCCCUGCUGCUGGGGAGCCGGACCCGGUUCAGCGCCCGGGGCAGCCGGUGCCCGCACUGCGGCGCGCCGCUCUGGGGAGGUGUCUUGAGGGGCAACAGGCUGCGCUGCCCCUGCUACGGCUCCUGCUUCGACAUCCAUACGGGAGAUAUUGAGGAGUAUCCCGGCCUGGACUGCCUUCAGUGCUACCAGGUAACCGUGGAGAACGGAAAGGUGUUUGUCACAGCACGAAUAAAGGAUCUCGAAUGCAGCGUGAGGGUGAAGGAGGCAAGCGGGCGAUGCCUUCUCAACACGGAGACGGUGCUGCUCCUGGGCGGAGGGGUGGCUGCGCUGAUCUGUGCCGAAACCCUUCGCCAGGAGGGCUUCACCGGCAGGAUCAUCAUGGCCACCAGAGAGAAACACCUCCCAUACGACAGGUCUAAACUGAGCAAGGAAAUGAACUUGAAGCCUGAGGACAUGUACCUGAGGACAGCUGAAUUCCUUGAUGCUCGCUGCAUAGAGCACUGGGCAGAAAGAGAGGCCGUGUCCGUGGACGUGCAGAGGCAGAAGGUCCGCUUCAAGGAUGGGUCCUCCCAGAAGUACAGCCACCUGCUCAUUGCCACGGGCAGCCACCCCCACUCUCUUGAAAAGCCAGGUGCAGACCUGCAGAACAUAUGUCUUCUCCAAACGCCAGAAGACUCUAAGAAGAUCUUAGAGCUAUCAACUGGCAGGAAUCUGGUGAUCAUAGGAGCUUCGUUCAUAGGAAUGGAGAUAGCUGCCUUCCUCGCAGACAAGGCUGCAGCCGUCUCCGUGGUGGAGAAAAAGGAAUUCCCUUUCCAGAGUGUGCUGGGUCCUCAGGUUGGAGGCGUCGCCAUGAAGAUGCUGCAAAAUGUAGGAGUGAAGUUUUACAUGAAGGAAGAACUCUCCGAGCUGAAAGGAGAAUAUGGAAAGGUCACAGAGGUUGUUCUGCAGAGUGGAAUAAAAAUACCUGCAGAUGUGGUGGUGGUUGGAACAGGGGUGUCUCCCAACUCGGAAUUCCUGAAGGGCACCCCCAUUGCCAGGGAUAAGAGCGGGGCCAUCCUGGUGGAUCUGCGCAUGCAGACCAACAUCCCGAAUGUCUACGCCGCGGGGGACGUGGCUGCCUUCCCCGUCGCUCUGCUCAAGGGGAAGCCCUCCAGCAUCCAGCACCAACAAGUGGCCGAGGCCCACGGUCACAUUGCUGCCUUCAACAUGCUGAAGGAAUGGAAGGAAUUGCACACUGUCCCCUUCUUCUGGACUACGAUGCUCGGGGAAAGCAUCCGCUACGCAGGCUACGGGAAGGGCUACACAGAGACCGUCGUGAAGGGCAGCCUGGAGGAUCUGAGGUUCCUGGUCUUUUACAUCAAAGACGGCUACGUGGUAGCCGCUGCCAGCCUCAACUGCGACCCCAUGGUGCCUCUGAUCGCUGAAGUUUUAUGGUCAGGGAGACAAAUCUCUAAAGAAGAAGCAGAGGCCUGUGAUAUCAACAGCAUUCCCUGGCUGGCACCUACCUGA